GAAUGUUAAUGCGUCGUUAAUAGUUAAUUGAAAGUUCCAUUUUUACUGCAAAUUAUUUUUUCAUUGUUACAUGGAUAUACAGACACUCGUCGUCGUGUUACUAUGUAUCCCUCUAAGUCGUCAAGAAAUCGACUUCAACCCUUUGGAGACCUCAGCACUGGUUUGUGAGCGACUUGUGUCUAUCAUGAGAACAUAUUCAGAGGAAGCAAAAAACCGUAUUGGCGAAAUGAACACAAUACGCGCGUGUUAUGAAGUUAAUGCGUUAUUUGAAAUGGGUUACGUCGUGUCCGAGCUGCUUGAGCGAUAUCGAAAAAUGGUGGCACAGAUAAAAGGUCCAUAUGAAGAGCACGAGAACUCUCCCGGCGUAGCAUUUGCAACGAAACGCUGCGAGUACGUGCAGAAGUUGUUCUUCGAGAUAUUUCAUUUGUGCAAUAUAGUGCACGAGAUUGAGAAAAAGUGGGCGGAAUCGUUAAAUCGCGAAAAGAGAAGAAUAACGGGUGAAGACGAUGGGAUGGACGGAGACGAGAAACGUAGAAUAAUCGAGGCUGCGAUUGCUAGUUCCCGAGCGGCUCGAUUAAGGGAGAUGAAGAAGAGAAGAAAAUGGCGCAAGCAAAAGGAUAAGUUUGGUUUAAUUGCGAAUCUUAUAAAGAAGAAAGACAGACGCCCACAGAAUAAAUGGUGGCCAUUGGAUUAUGGCUGGGAGAUAGAUUAUUAUUGGUAAUUAAAAUUGAUUCAAUAA